AUGUGCAAAAGGUACAGCUUACUGCUGGUAACGAAUUGGAGGAUUCGCGUCAAGACUUACACGGACGAAUUAACGCCCGUGGAAUCUGCAUGUGAAGUGUUCAAAGCUGCCAACUGGUAUGAGAGGGAAAUAUGGGACAUGUAUGGAGUGUUCUUUGCAAAUCAUCCGGACUUGAGAAGAAUAUUGACUGAUUAUGGGUUUGAGGGCCAUCCAUUUAGAAAAGAUUUCCCUCUCAGUGGAUAUGUAGAAGUUCGUUACGAUGAUGAGCAAAAGCGUGUUGUAAUUGAGCCAUUAGAACUGGCCCAGGAGUUUAGGCGAUUUGAGCUUAGUGCCCCAUGGGAGCAAUUUCCCAACUUCAGAGGAAACCCUGUUGCAGAAGAGGUUACUAAUAACACCACUGAAGCUCCCAAGAAAGAG